CAAUGAGAUUGAUUUGGAUUGUUCUAGGUGUCGGCCUGUCGGUGGUGCUGGGAUCUCAAGUGGAUGAAUAUUGCAAUCGUGGUUUUCGUGAGGUGUUGACCGCGAGCAAUUGCGACUAUUAUGCGUAUGGACCACAGACGCUGAUGACCUCGUACUGCCACUGGGAUGAACAACCAUACUACGGGAUAACCAGUAAAUUCUGCUGCUCGGGUGUGUGCGCUUAUUGCUUCAAAAAAUUUACGAAUAAAACAAAUGAAGAGGCGGAUUUAAUACCUGCAAUAGAUAAUGAAAAAGGAAACGGCAAUGGCGAAAGAAACAGUGAUGAAAACGACAUCGCCACCGUUCCCAACGUCAGUAAGGAUGAUUAUACCGACAACCUUGAACCAAUGGACAAAUCGCUAGAUGAGUUACUAGCAACGAAGAUGAAGCGUAUGAUGCAAAAGUCCUAAAAACCAAUUGUAUUUCCGGUCGUUCUGAGGGUGUGUCAAAGUUUUCGUUUAUUAACCAAUGUUUGAAAAAUCUUUUUGAAUCAUAAUCCAACAAAAUUGAGUUCAACGAUUCCCACUGUUCGGCAAAUAGAUCGCAUUCCGUGUCCCGGAUUGAA